AUGUUCAAUCAGGUGAAACUGGACAGAAGUCAAUGGAAUUUACAAAGGAUUUUCUGGAGAGAGACUGCCGAUGAGCCAUUACAGGAGUAUUGGUGGAAGGUAGUCAUUUUUGGAAUGACAUCCUCAGCACAUUUAGUAGUGAGGUGUGUCAUGCAAGCCGCUACGGAGGAAGAGAAAAGUUUUCCAACGGCUGCAAAAGCAAUCAAAGAGGACUUUUAUAUGGAUGAUUGUGUAACUGGGACAGAUUCAGAACAAAAUGCAAUACAGCUCGCUGAAGAGAUGAAUGGCAUAUUGAAACGAGCUGGUUUCGAGCUCAGGAAAUGGACAUCAAACAGCAAAGAUGUCAGAGAGGUGAUGAAUUCGGACAGUGAAAAAGCAAUGCUUUUUAAGGAGGAAGAGAACUCAACCAUUUUAGGAUUGAAAUGGCUGAUUGAAGAGGACAGAUUUACCUUUGUGGUGAAAAAUCCGUAUUGGGAUGGAAAGAUAUCAAAGCGCAAGAUCGCAAGUCUUGUUGCGCAGCUUUAUGACCCAAGUGGAUAUAUAAAUCCUAUCACAGUAAGAGGGAGAAUGUUCAUUCAAGAACUAUGGAAAGCAAAGGUCGGAUGGGAUGACACUUUGGACGAAACACUAAGAAAUAAAUGGACAGAAAUUUGGAAAGACAUUAAAUCUGUUGAGGAAUUCAAAAUCGAUAGAUGGUUAAGCACAGGAAAAGAAGUCAACAUACAGAUUCAUGGAUUUUCGGACAGUAGUGAGCAAGCAUACGGAGCUAACAUAUAUGUUAGAGUAGAAACUAUUGAUGGGAAAAUCAAAUGCAAUUUGCUCACAUCAAAAUCUCGGGUAGCACCGGUGAAAACGGUAGCUCUACCGAGAUUGGAAUUGACAGCAGCUGAGCUGUUGUCCAGAGUUGCGUCAGUUCAGGAGAAUACAGCAAUUGAAAACUGGAGACACAUUGAUGGGACAGAUAAUCCAGCUGAUUUGUUGACAAGAGGUGUGUCACCAUCAGGAUUGAUUGACAACGAUUUAUGGCUACAUGGACCGAGUUGGUUGUUGCUACCGCAAUCACAAUGGCCUAUCUCUAGUAUCAUGCAACAGCCACCUGAAGAAGCGAUGGUUGAAUUGAAAGUGAAUUCGUUCAGUAUAUUCAGAGAUCAGUUGCGGAUUGGAAUAAAAGGGACAGACAAAAACGUUCCGCUAUUGGAAUACACGAGCAAGCUGGAAAAAGCGAUAAACAUUAUCUGCUAUGCCAAUCGGUUCGUAAAAAUUUGGUUGAGCAAAGCAAAAGCAAGACCAAAAAGGAAGAAAAGAGGACAGAUUGUACGGAAGAUCGACCCACCGACGAAUGCGGAGAAGACAUUUGCAAUGAAGCAUUUGAUUAGGAAAUCACAGCAGGAAUAUUUCAACAGAGAAAUAACUGCAUUAAAGGAGAAUCGGAGUUUACCGGAAAAAAGUAAAUUGGAACAGAUGAAGCCGAUUUUAGACGAAGAGGAAUUGCUGCGACUGGGAGGUCGCUUGGACAGAUCUGAAUUGGACUAUGAGAUGAAACAUCCAUACAUAAUUCCUCAUGGAUCGCGUCUGGCUCAUCUU